AUGACACUUACAGGGGCAGCGCCCAUUUUUACAGCGCCUGAUCUGCCUGUGUUUCCUGCAUCCGCGGCGCCCCCUGCUGUUCCCAAGUUGGCGGCUGCAGCACUGCCCGAGGCACCGCCUCCGCCUGCUGCACCGCCCAAGCUGGAGGUCCCGGCGACACCCACUGCACCGCCCGAGCCACCACCUCCGCCCGAGCCCCCGCCUGCUGCUACAUCCGAGGUCCCUCAGCCUCCGCCUGUGACUACUGCCCCUGUGGCCCAAGUCCCAGUCCCUGACCCGGAGCCAGUCCCCGAGGAGGUCCCGGAAUUCCUAACCACCGUUCCUUCCUCCUUGGAGGUAAAGAAGCUCGAAUGGGACCAACCAGGGACCUUGUUAAUGACUCCUCUGCCCUCGCCCCCGUGA